AUGUCUUCCGGCCGCUUCGUCGACUUGAUCGUGGGCGUAUGCAGCGCUGGAGACUACGUGGAUCGGAGGCGUGCAAUCCGCAAAAGUUGGUUCCUUUAUGCUCGCUCCCAUGUGAGCCCCAUUCCUGAGGAAGAUGCUUCAAGGAUAGCCAUGAAAUUCAUAGUGUCCCAAGGGCACCCCAAGGCUGAGAAAGAACAGGAAAGGCACAAUGACAUCGCUUUUGUUGAUGCCCCAGAGGGUUACGGAAACUUGUGGCGAAAGGUCCUUCUCUUUCUGUACUGGGUGGAGAUGACUUAUGAGUAUCGGUACUUCAUGCAUGCAGAUGACGACUCCUUUGUCAGGUUGGACUUGAUACUGCAGAAAAUGAUUCAGUGGCCAUCAGAGCGUUUCUACUGGGGCUACAUCUGGAACAUGGGUCCCGGGCGACCAUUUACACAGCCCAUCCGCGACCCACGCAACAAGAGCCACAUGCCACCAGAGCAGUACCCGCUGGAUUACUACCCUCCAUUUGCCUCUGGGUGUGGGUUCGCCCUGUCUCGAGACUUGUGCAGAGCAUUGCUGGCAAGGGCGCUGCCAGACUACCGGCUUCUGGACGCUCCUUUCGGAAUUCACCUCUGUGGCCUCGAGAUGUGCGUUCUGGAGGCGCCCGUCGUGCCUGUCCACGAUGAGGGCGUGCGGCCCUACCGCGCUAUACCCCUCUUCCAUGCGGACACUGUCGUGCAGCACUACAUGAGGCCUGAGGAGAUGAAGCCGUUUUUUGACAAUGCUAUUGAGGCUGCCGCACGGCCCCUCGACGGCCCGACACACGGCCAAACGGCGGCCGACGACCUGUACAAGCAGCUCGUCGACCUGGGGCUGUUGAGGAGAUAG